GUGGAUCCUGGGGCGCGCUUUCAGAUUGUCUUUGCUUCGCCCGGAUCACGUGGGCAAUGCUUAUGCUUCCGCGCCACCACCACCACCAAUUACGUUGGCUUUGGAAAAUCCUGCCCAAUGGAAAAGCAGAGAAAAGAUUGAAAAGCAAGGCAGCUGAAGUUAACUUCAGCCCCCCUUUUCUUUUCUUGGGUUUUUAUUAUAAUCCGCAUAUUCCGUGCGAUGAAAGUUUCGGGCUUGUUCGUGUUCGGAAGAGAGGGGGAUGGGGAUGGGGAUGGGGAUGCGGUGUUCGAGACUUCGUUGCUGCUUAUGAUUUGUUUUGACCCGACUGGGAUUGGAAACUGUAGUAAAAACUGACACUUGCCUGAACCGCAUAAAGGGGGGGGGCGUACACAAAUUUUCGUUUUUUUUCAAAAGAGAAAAGCUUUAAUGCUUUGAUUCUGUCUGAUUACCGAAUAGGCUUUGGCUAGAUUGUGGUUGAUUUUUAUUUGGGCAAGGCAAGGCGAAGAGAGAGAAAGACAGAGGAAGAGAGAGAGAGAGAGAGAGAGGGGGAUGAAAAGGGGAGCGUGAGAGGGGGAUUUUUAUUAAAGAAGGCAGAAAUUCCUUUUCUUGAUUUUUAUUUCUUCUCUCUGUUUCAACGUAUUGACCCUGUUAGGGUUGCUUCACUUUACUAUUUUGUUCCUCUCCGUCUCCUUGUUUUUGGAGUCGAUUUCUGGUAUUUGCUUCUUCGCCUUUCGAGCCGGACUUCCUCCUUGACCUUGUCUCCUCCGCAUACCCUUCGAGCCUCUAUUGCUUAAUUCGUCAAUCUCGGCAAGUUUUCUUCCAGAGUCCUAACUCUGCUUUGGGAUUUUUUGUUUCAAGAUUUUUCUGGGUUUUUCUUUUCCUGCCUUCCGGAGGUUUCCUGCUGUGUUGGCGAUCGCUUUUGGUCGAUUCCCAGUUUCUGCUCUUCUGGGUCGGUGUGAUUUUGUCGGAGUUGUUAACCCGAUUCGGGGAUUUGGGUAAAUUUGUUGUUUUCAAUCUGGAAUCGAUGUGAAAGCGGGUAAUUUUAGGGAUUUUUUGGAGCUGUUGGAUUUGGGCAUUUCCAAGGAGGCAAUGGUUGGGUUGAGGUGCUUCGUAUGCGAGCUUGAAGAUAUUCUGAUUUUGCUGUGAGAAGUUUUGAGCGGGGGGCGCUUGGUAAUGAAUAGAUGAUGUUACAUGUGAAAGGUCCUCACAGGAAUCGCUGCUCUCUUCUUGCUGUUUUGUGCGGCGAAGUUUCUGAUAAUAAACAUAAGCAUGUGAUUCCUGAGGAUCAAUCCACGUACCCUUUUCCAGAGCUCACUUCUUCUGGGCGUCUUGAGGUAACUAGUUUGAAUAAUCCAAGUACUGAUGAGUUCCGGCGAGCUUUGGAGUCGUUGGAGCCCAGUAUCCUAUACUUGCGAGGCGAGCAGCGUGAAGACGGUGAAGAAUUGGGAUCUCUGGUUUGGAGGAAUGCCUACCUGUCCACACCAGAUGACCUAUGCGCAUUAUUCGGGUCUACUUUGCCUUCCGCGGUUUAUCUAGAGAUUCCUAGUGGAGAAAAUUUGGCCGAGGCACUUCACUCUAAGGGCGUACCUUACGUCAUAUACUGGGGAAGCACAUUUUCAUGCUAUGCGGCUUCUCAUUUUCGUCAAGCAUUGUUUUCAGUUGUGCAAAGUUCAUGCAGCCAUGUAUGGGAUGCAUUCCAACUUGCAGAUGCAUCAUUCAGGCUCUACUGUGAAAAUAACAAUGAUAUUUUGCCCACCAAUAGCCAAAAACUUAGCUAUAAGCAGAGACCACAUAUUCUUGGGGACCCUCCCAAGAUUGAUAUUGUUCUGCCUGAGGCUAAUAUGCAAGGAGAAGAAGAAUCAUCCGAGAGUAUUCCUGAAGUAAAGAUAUAUGAUGAUGAUGUGACCAUGCGGUUCCUAGUUUGUGGGAUGCCAUGCACGUUGGAUGGUAGCAUAUUGGAAUCUCUGGAGGAUGGCCUUAAUGCUCUUUUGAGAAUAGAAAUACGGAGGAGUAGACUGCAUAACCGGUCAAGUGCGCCUCCACCCCCUCUUCAGGCUGGAACAUUUUCUCGUGGUGUAGUGACUAUGAGAUGUGAUUUUUCUACCACUACUUCCGCUCACAUUUCUCUAUUAGUAUCUGGUAGUGCACAGACUUGUUUUAAUGAUCAGUUGCUAGAGAAUCAUAUUAAGAAUGAAAUUAUCGAGAACUGUCAACUAGUCCAUGCCUUGCCCAGCUGCGACGAGAACAAUUUGGCUUCAUCUGAGCCUCGUAAAUCUGCUUCGAUAGCUUGUGGAGCUAGUGUUUUUGAAGUUUGCAUGAAAGUUCCUACAUGGGCUUCACAGGUUGUGAGGCAGCUUGCUCCAGAUGUGACAUAUCGCAGUUUGGUUAUGUUGGGAAUCGCCAGCAUUCAAGGGGUUUCUGUAGCUUCUUUUGAAAGAGAUGAUGCAGAACGCCUCCUGUUCCUGUGGGCCCGGCAGGGUAAAGAGUUGCAUCUGAACAACUUUGUUCUAUCCACACCUCCUAGCUGGUUGACACCUCCAGCCCCUAGUCGGAAGAGGUCUGAACCAUGCCAAGAGACAAAACUGCCAAAAUCUGCUGGUUCAGAGAGCGAAAAUGGUGGUUCUGUCAGGAAUAAACUGCAUGUCGCUGCAAUGAGGCCGAUCCCUUAUGCUCGGCGUCAUAAAAUGCUACCAUUUUCUGGGUUUCAUGAAUCGGAAAGAUACAGUGGAGAUCAAGUAAAGGCCAGUCUUCCAGCGGCUCCAAUAAAGCACACUCCUCCACCGGCUCCUAGGAAGUCAUUUUCGAGCUCUAUCCAAGCUCAGCAGAUCAUAUCUUUGAAUCCCCUACCUUUAAAGAAACAUGGUUGUGGCAGAGCGCCUAUUCAAGUCUGUUCAGAGGAGGAAUUUCUCAGGGAUGUGAUGCAGUUUCUCGUUCUACGUGGACAUACCCGUCUUGUGCCUCAAGGUGGACUUGCUGAAUUUCCUGAUGCAGUUCUUAACGCAAAACGUCUUGACCUUUUCAACUUGUAUAGAGAGGUGGUUUCAAGGGGUGGCUUUCACGUCGGGAAUGGCAUCAAUUGGAAGGGACAAGUUUUCUCUAAGAUGCGCAAUUACACGCUAACCAAUAGAAUGACUGGUGUAGGGAAUACACUUAAGAGGCAUUAUGAAACUUAUCUCUUGGAAUAUGAAUUGGCACAUGAUGAUGUAGACGGAGAAUGCUGCCUCUUGUGUCAUAGUAGUGCACCUGGUGAUUGGGUUAACUGUGGUAUAUGUGGGGAAUGGGCUCACUUUGGCUGUGAUAGGCGGCAAGGGCUUGGUGCCUUCAAGGACUAUGCAAAAACAGAUGGUUUGGAGUAUAUUUGUCCGCAUUGCAGCAUAUCAAAUUUCAAAAAGAAGUCUCAGAAAACCGCGAACGGAUACUGACGUUAUGUUGAGUGUUGCAGUCAUAGUGCUGAAGAGGACUCCUAAUUAAGCAAAUGUACUAUGUACCAUAAUAUUGUCAUUGUUAUCACCUACAGUUUAACGCGACAGGAAGUUCGCUCCCAAAAUCUUUCUACCCCUCCGCUAUGAUGUAGAGAUUAGGAACUUCAAAUGAAAUGUAGAAUGUAAGCCCCAUAUUCUUGCCUGAGUUAGAUUAUUUAUGUAGCUUUUCUUGUUCUUUUUGUACUUUCUUAAAUUGAUUAUAUGAGGUCUUGGCUCCCUAUUCCCUCCUUU